ACAACAGCCUCUCCGCACAAAACCCGUGACCACCAUCUCCCUUCCUUGCCUGCCAGGGGGAGCGCAGUCGGGCUGCCACCAUGGCAGGGGACACGGAAAAUUCUUUCUAAGGCGGAGUUCUGAACGCGACGGGACGCUCGGAGCGGGCAGGGUUAGGGAGGGACGCGGAGUUCCGCCCUGCUCCCGGCCCUUGAUGCGUCCAUCCCGUCCCGUCCUGUCCCGUCCCCGCCGGACCCGAGCCCACGCACGAGCCCGACCCCGCCCGGCCGCCGUCUCGCCCCUCCUUCGCGGCGCUCGCUGCCGCGCACGGGGCUCGAAAAAUGGAGGACUACGGGCGAUUCUUGGCGCUGCUGGCCUCUACGCUGCUGGUCGGCUUCGUGUCGGUCAUUCUCUCCCUCGUCUGGGUCUUCCACUACCGCGAGGGGCUGAGCUGGGACGGCAGCCUGGGAGAAUUCAAUUGGCACCCCGUCCUCAUCAUCACGGGCUUCGUCUUCAUCCAGGGCAUCGCUAUUAUUGUGUACAGAUUGCCCUGGACCUGGAAGUGCAGUAAACUCCUAAUGAAGUUCAUACAUGCUGGAUUAAAUACCAUAGCUAUGAUUCUUGCAAUUGUUUCUAUGGUAGCUGUGUUUGAAUUCCACAAUGCCAAGAAUAUUCCUAACAUGUACAGUCUGCACAGCUGGAUUGGGCUGACUGCUGUUAUAUUUUAUUCUCUACAGCUUUUCUUGGGUUUCGCUGUCUUUCUGCUCCCAUUUGCUCCAGUUCAUCUCCGCGUAGCUCUCAUGCCAAUACAUGUUUAUUCGGGUCUUACCAUCUUUGCAACAGUGAUUGCAACAGCUCUCAUGGGAAUCACAGAAAAGCUUAUAUUUGCAUUGAAAAAUCCUGCAUACAGUGCUUCCCCACCAGAAGCAACUUUAGUGAACUGCCUUGGUCUUCUGCUUGUCAUUUUUGGUUCACUUAUUUUGUGGAUGGCGAGCAGGCCCCACUGGAAGCGGCCCCCAGCAGAGAACGCUAAAAUUCUGAGGCCCAUUGGAGCAACUUUUGAAGACACAGAAGUAGAAUCCACAAUGACAAACAGCAGUAAUGCAGAUAAGUCUGAUCUGAGGAGCAAUACUGAAGCAGUCAGAAAACAAAACAUCAAAUUUGAUGAAGCAGGACAAAGAUCAACCAUGUAAAGAAAAUACGCAGAAUAAAAGUACUAUUAUACCUUCAAAUUCCCCCCCGGUGAGGGUCCUUCUAAUUUAGUUAUAUUGCUAUGUAAGUAGGUGGGGUUCAUUUUUAGUAUGGCUUGCUGAAAGAUACUCAAGUUUUCUGCAUAUUGAUUUAAAUUCCUGUUAAGCCCCAAACAUAUUUUAUUGACUAGUCCAUGCCUUGUUUAAAAAAACAAGAGCAUGAAUGACAUCACAUAAUUGGAAACUGUUUUCCAUAUGACUUCUUAAUUUAAUGCUUAUAUCUCUUAUAGUCAUGAAAAAUUUAACAUGAUUCAGACUAAAUUUUGCUCUUGAGUGAUUUUGCAGGUUAUGAAUCAGCCAUGAAGUAUACCAGAUGGAAUAAUUCAGUUUGUCACACAUAAAUUUUCUGGUAAUGUUCUUUUAAGCAUCAUAAACUUGUUUUUAAAAUUUUUUAAAGCUCUGAUUUCUCUAGCUGAUUAACCCCCUCAUCAGCUGCUAUUUUCUUUGGGAUUUGAGAUCAUUCCGCACUUUACAGAAUUGCUUCAUAAGAAUGUUUAUUCUAAAAAUUUUAAUUAAAAAAAAGAAAUUCAAAGUUUGCUUGAUAUGUUCAUAAAAUGUUGUUACCUUUAGAAACUUCUGUGGGUUUUUGGUCUUGUUUUUUAAAAUCAGAAUGUAUCUGUUGACCUUUUAACAAAUUCUACCAAAUAUAUUGUAUACAGACAAUAUUUGGCUUUGAAUUCCGUGCAAUUAUUACUGAAAUCUAAGGAAAUUUUAAGACACCCUAAUGCAGAAUUUAUCUUAUUUGAAAAGCUAUAGAAACACACUCAGAAAAGUGUAUCUCUUAAACUAAGUCUUCCUUUUAUCCCAGAAGGCAGCAUUUUAGUGUCUUUAUUUGAUUGCACAGUUCUGUUGAUUUAUGAUACUAGACUAGAAAUUAGGAGGUUAGAAACCAUAAAAAUCUGCUAUGAGUCUCACAGGAACAAAAUUAGCUUCAAGUGGGAAAUGCUUUCUCCAAAAGACACAGGUGAGCUUUGCUUCUUUUAAUAAAAUGCUACCUGUUAACUGAAAGCCAAUUUGGGUAUCUCCACACUGACAACAAAAGCAUUAUUAUCAUAGGCUUGAAGACAUGCUUUAGUCUAUAAGCAAUCUAUACAAACUCUAUGACUUUUUCAUUUGAAAUUACAGUUCUAAUAAUGCAAUUUUCUUUAAAUAAUUAAGAGUCCCUACUAGCACUUUACUAUUAUAGUUCUUUCUUGUAAUUGAAGUAUUAAUGUAUCAUGCUCAUUCAUUAAUUUCACAGAUACAAACAAUAUUUAUACUUUUACUACUAUGUAAGAAUAAUUAUAGUAGAUUAUUUGGAUUGCUCAUGUCCAAAAUUAUAAGCCAUUCUAUUAUCUCUUAUAAAAGCUGCAGAGCCCACUAGAAAUACAAAUUUACUGCUGUUCGUGUUGGAAUAUAGAUAGUUUCAGACAGCAUAUAAUUUCCUAUUUUUUUAAAUACUACAUAAAUUUUUAUCUACUUCAGCUUUUAAAAACAUUUAUACAUUACCCUUCAACAAAUGUGCCAUUUUUGUAGUUCACUGUGUGUAAGAACAAACUAUUUUGGACAUGAGUUAUUUUGGGUUGUCUCUGACAAGAAGCAUCUCAGUUCCUUUUAUUUGAUUUGUUAUAAUAUUUUAUUAUUUGGUGAAUGCAGUAAAGAAAGCUAGCAUAAUAAAAUACUUUUAAAACUUUUCUUCUGUACAAUUUGGUACUCAAGGACUACAUCCCAGAGCUCCAUGUUUUCACUUAUAGGUUUGUGGAUGACUGGGUCCAACCUCACAUUGGUGUAUUUUUCCACUGUAGAAAAUACCUGCUUUUAAUGUACAAUUCAGGUAUGACAGAAGGAACACUAACCUAAACUACUAAACUACUGCGUGAGCACUCCUCCAGUCCCACUGUGUGCAAUGAAUCAAACAGUGAAGCAUGACAGGGGAAGUGAAUAAAUGAGUUCACUUGCAGUAAUUUACUAUGCAGCUUUCUAUACUGCACUCACACAGGCAAGAGCAUUUUAAAUUGUUAUGUAUUGGCCUGUUACUGUGUCUCAUCCACCUGUGAAAAGGAGCUUGCUCAAUCCUUGCAUAGUACUAGGUCACAUAAUAAAAGCAUAUGUUUGUAUGGAAGGUAGUCAGCUGCCUAGGGAUUGUUCUGGAAGAAACUACAUUGUACAUUGUACUGGAAAAAACACAAAAGCUAUUACUUCUUUUGUUACACCACUGAGUUGAAUGUAUUGAAAUUAACAACUUUUAGGUGGUUGGUUCUAUAUGCUGUUAAAGUUAAGCUAUAAUAACCAGUAUGCAUUCUGGUUUCCACUGUAUUCCAUGUACUGUUCAAGGGGAAUGCUACUUGAAAAAAAGAGUGGUGGCAUUUCUUUAUUUCUCUGUUCUCAUGAAGAGUAAGGUACGAGUAACACCAAGCUUGUGGGUUCAAACCCCAUAUGGCCCUUUUGCUUAAGGGUUGGACUCAAUGAUCCUUCUGGGUCCCUUCCAGUUCUGACCAUUCAGUGAUUCUGUGAUAUAAAACUAACUGAAAAUCAAGGAUUAACAACCUUUUGAGGGCAGCCUCCCAAAGCAUAACUUUGCUUUUCAACUUAGAGGUCAAAUGUGAUAGGAGAAACUCAGCAGAAGCUGUAAGAUUACAUUUGGGGAAUUUAUAGUCAGUGAUAUCUCAUGUGCAUGAACUGUGGAAUUCUGGCAGCUGACCUUUGGAAGGUCCCCACAAGAUGCAGUAGCUGUGAGCUCCUAAACCUUGAUCAACCUUGGUGUGUGCAAUUUAAAACUGACAAAACAUACUAUAGACUUUUGGCUUAAUUCUAAACAGAUUAAAAAGGCCUCUAAGUAUGCUUGCAAAAAAAUUAGGUUAGUUCAAUGCUAAAUAAAAAUAUUUAGGUGUUUGGAGAGUAAUAGUCUUAAACCUGCUCCUCAAAGUGGCCUUCUACUAACUUUCCUUUCAUGCAAAUUUUCUUAGCUGUAUUUAGGAGUAACAUAAAUACAGUACCAACAUAGGAAACAAAAAAAUUGUAUUUUCAAAGAUACAAAUGGAAGGUAGAAUUCUAACUCUUUCAUCGGGAUUUUUCUGCAUGUUUGGAAAUCAUCUAUGUGGUUGUUUUUAAAGGAACAUGAUUGUAGAGCUCACAUUUCAGGUUUGGAUUCCUACAAAAUACCAGGAAGUUACAAAACCUAACAUUGAAAGGGCUAUCUUUUUAAGAUACCUGGAAGAAGAAAUACUAUCUUUACAUGCUGUCAUGCAGUACUAUGCAAAGAAGCAGAAGAGUGUUUUUUUCCAACAUUAAUGAAACUGAGAAAUGAUGGUGCAAAUUAGAUUCUGAAAUUGAAUGUAAUUACAUGUGUACUUAUUAUUACAUGUAACCAAGAAUAUUGCAUAUGAUAAUGUAAAUAUGGAUUACUUGUUUACAUGGAUAUUUUAUUGAGUGACUAAGAGAUAUUGCCAAAUAUUUUCUAUUUCAGAAGUCUCUUUUGCUUUGAUUUCAGAAAAUUCCUUACUCUGUUUUUAAGUUGACAAGAACUUAAAAAAAAUAUUUUAUUAUCCAAGGUACUUACUUGUAGAUGAGAGCAAAUAUUUAAUUAGUAUGUCUUUUUCCCUUAUUCUUUUUUUUAUAUAUUAAUAAAAAUGAUAUUUUGAGCUUGUGAUACAACUGAGUACAGAUUUUCAUUCUGGUACUAAAAUAAAACUUUCUAAAUUUGGAUAAAGAUCAAAUUAUUCCUAAAUUACUUUUUGAAAACAGGAGGACAGCUGUACAAAGUUUCUUAAAUAUGUCUUGACUUCAACUAUGUAUUAUUUAUGAUGAUCUUUAUGUUGAAAUUUAUGCAGUUUGUAGUUGUAGUGGUUUAGGUUCACUGAUUUGAAUUUCCUGGCCAAUGCACCAAAUAAUGUGGGUGGCCUUUUCCUCCUUACUAAAUAUCAAUUACUGUAAAACCAGCACAGUAGUAUUAGGAACAUAAUCAGUAUAUAACAGAAAGUGAAAUAAUUGACUCUAUAAACAAUUUGUAUUUCACCUUCUAAUCUGGAUUUUCUCAACAUCACCUCUUCCCUUCUCUUAGCUGAAUUGCCUGGAAUGGUCAUCAUCCGUUUUGUUGCCCUGAACUUGAAUUUCUACCUGACUAAUAGUUUACCCCUCAUUACUGCCCACUAGUCUUGCAGAGAUCACAAGUGGGGCUUGAGUUUACAGCUGAGUCCAUGGCCACGUACACUGAUUACUCAUUGGCUCUCAAAUUCUGUAUUUUGCUGGUCACCAAGUCAUGGCAUAGUUACAAAUACAGCUGUCAGAAAAAGGAUAAAAACUUUGAAAAUGUUUGCAAUUUUUAGUUCAAUUUUCACAAGCAUGUAAUUAAAAAAAAAAAAAAAA